AGCAGUGGACAAAUCAGGUGUUUGGUAGGAAGGGCCCAGACAAUCAGUGGGCGCGAACACCUCGUGGUUUCCAAACAUCAGUUCGAAGCUGAAACAGCGCGUAAGAAAGGUUCCGACGCAACGUUCCAUCGACAACUCUUUUAUCGGUGUUUGAAGUGCAAUUUUAAUCAUCUGAAUGAAUAUGCUAGACGCGUCCGAUUUUCGGGCGCUUGCCGAGCCUACCUAUCAGACUUUAAAUGGUCGUAUGUCUCCGCCGGGUUUUGCGACCGCUGUCCAGGCUAACAGCUAUGCGACUUUGACGCCUUUACAGCCUCUGCCACCCAUAUCGACGAUGUCCGACAAGUUCACGCAUCAUUACGGACAUCACCAUGCGGGUAAUGUCGGUGGUGGCUUUACUCUCAUGCAAAACAAUCUCGGCAUGGCAGGGCACAUGGCUAAUAGUUAUCAUCAAUAUGAGAAACUUGGGAGCAUGGCUGGCAUGAACAUGAAUCCUCACCCGUCUAUGUCAGCGAUGAUGACCGCCGCUAAUGGACUUGGUCAGCAACAAGGCGGAAUAUCGUCACCUUAUUCACAAAAUGGUCUUCACUCUCCAGAAAAAAAUAUGUCUCCAAACGGCUAUGAUUCAUACGCUCACAGGGAUCUGACGAGAGGCCUGGUCAGUCCUCAAAGUCCGACAGUCAGUCCAUCGUCCAUGAUGUCCUCUCUUAAUGGACUGACUAUGAACGGCACUCAUAUGGGUCAUCAAACGUCAGGUCACCAUCUCCAGUCUCCUGCAUCCAUCAGGGACGUAAAGCCUGCCGCGACAACCUUAACGUCCCCCACCCCAGUACCAACAGUUAAUAGUUUAACAGGAGCUGCCCCGACUCCAACCCCAACCACACCGGGGGGCAUACCCCUUACACAGCCAAGCGCCCCGAUUCAGGCGUCGGUGCCGAACUCUAUGAAUGGUUCCAUGGUGUCGAUGGUAAGCACGGUUAGUCACCAUGGUGGUGGUGGUAAACUGUCCAUGCACCAGCAGCAGAAAGUGAAUUCUGCUGAAGAAGUGGAGGAGAUCAACACCAAGGAACUGGCACAGAGGAUCAGCGCUGAACUGAAGCGGUACAGCAUACCACAGGCGAUCUUCGCGCAAAGAGUUCUGUGCAGAUCGCAGGGAACACUGUCAGAUCUCCUAAGGAACCCAAAACCUUGGAGCAAGCUCAAGUCAGGAAGGGAGACAUUCCGCAGAAUGUACAAGUGGCUAGAAGAACCAGAAUUUCAGAGAAUGUCUGCUCUCCGACUGGCAGGUAUGCAUUUUAGUACUGUAUCGAUAUUCUUGCCCUUAUUCUGUAUGUUGUUAAGUCAGAACCAUGUUUGAUAUUAUCUAGAGAAAAUCAGUCGAACGUUUAACCAUGAUAUUGGUACUUUGAACAAUAAUAUUGUGCGAAUUUAAUAAGGUGUUAAAUAAAACAAUGUUUCCAUUUAAUUUGAACCAUAGUAUUAGUAAUGUUCCAUGUAGUAAUGAAGCUUAAAA